AUGAUGGUUAGUCGUAUGGAAGCAGCUAACGGUUCUCCAUAUCUGAUACGGGGACCUUUCAAUACUGCGAUCGUUCACCCCGAAUUCCGAGCAAAAAUCAAGAAGUUUUUGCAUAUUACUUCUUCCUCUAAUACACUGGCCAAACUAGCUACCGAGAUUCAAAAGAGAUUUCUUAGAAUUUAUCCCGAUGAGGAGCCGUUGCAGAUUUUGAAGAUUCAAGAUAUCGAUGAGUGCGACCUCGACCCUGAUUACACAGUGUCUAUGAUUUUCGAUUCUUCUAACGUUGCGAGGGUUCUUGUGGCAAACGAGUUUCAAAGCGACGAUGUGGAAUCUUUAACCCAUGGCAAACGGAAAUUGGAAGGUGAUCUCAAUAAAGUGGUGAAGAAAAUCAGGCAGCGGCCAUCUGAGAUGCCUAACAUCUCCAGUAUAUGGGAUGACGAACCCAGGGAACGGGCUUCUGCAGUGGUCAAGAAAAUUACUGUUAAGAAAUCUGUUAGUGCUCGGGCCAAGACUCAUGCAAAUUUACCAGUUGCUGACGAUCAGUUGGAUCGUACGGUGGUAAUCGGGGAACCAAAGAAAGCCAAAAAUAUGAGAGUUGCCUCACCUAUUGUUGCUACAGGUUCUCCCAAAAGAAUCACUUCCGGAAUGCUAUCGGCAGCAUCUCAACCUAACUUGUCCAAAAAGAAUGCUGAGAAUACGAACAAAUACGAAGAUGCCGAAGAGAAUGAGGCGGGAUACCAAAGUUCAUCUACUGAUCCGAAGAUCGUCAAGAAACGUCGUGCUAGUGUUCCAAGCAAGGAUGAAUUGGCUAAGAAGUCCACAGUAUAUUUGAAUGGGUCUAAAGUUUCUACUGAACUUCGGAAAGAGGAAGAGAAGGCAAAAAGAGAGGACGCAGACGAGAAGAAGAUAUCUACGAUUGCUGAAGAAACAAUUGACAAAGUUUCUAAGGCUGCACCACGUAAGAGAGCCUAUAGAAAGAGCGGAAAAAAGGCAAUAACUGAAGAAAAGGAAGCAUUGGAACCGGCUGCCAAAAAGGCUAAAAUUGUGACCAAGAGAUCUAAAAACACAUCUGCCAAGACUACAAAGACUGUGAAGACUUCCUCAAAACCAACCAGAAAAACUCCUGAAAAGGAUGGAGAAGUUGCCACCCAGAAGCCGAUGUCUACGGAGACACAAUUGGCAGCAGACCCUGUUUUGGAACCAGAGGUGUUUGUUCCUGUUGUUCAAACGGCUGUUCCGACCUCUAAUUUGGUUGCCAAAUCAUCCUCUGAAGGUGAAAACACCGCAGGGCAGAUCUCGCUUUCAACUGGUUCUGCAGAAACAAAUAUCAAAUCUGCUCAUAUAUCUAAGGUUCUCACUACUGCUUCUGUGCCCGCUCCAGAUAGUUCUACCUUAACGGGGAAAUCAUUCCCAGACUCAUAUGUUAUUCCCUUUUCAGUCCCUGAUUUCGAGCCCAAUGCAAACAAAAAGACGAGUUUAGAAGCCAGAAAGCCCUUUGCAGAAAAAGCUGAGUCCGUACAGACUCCUGAUCAACCUGAGAAAAGGAAAAAACGGAAAUAUGUUAGGAAGAAUCCCAAGACAACUACUAGCAAAACCACAAAGAAGAGGACUUUAGAAGAAACCAAGAAUGCUACGCCAAUGCCAUUGACUACCACUGGUGUAACCUCGACGGCCCCAGAUGGUGCUAAGUCUAUUACGCCAGUUGCACUAGCCGUCAAGGUCGCUUCCACUAUGCCUGCCACCACGUCUCCAGUUUCUAGAAAAAGUACAGCCUCAAAAGGGAGGAAAGCCACAGCAACAGAAUUUCGCACUCUGGAUAUAACUCCGGUUAAGUCAGAUGGUAAUGCCACCGAUGUGUCUUCUCUUCUGACAGCUUCCUCUACUGUGAACGAAACAUUUACCACUACUCCAUCUUCUGUAGAGCAGGCCAAAAAGCAUUCAUCUAAAUUGACCACGAAAAAACAGCCAAAGGCACAUCGCACUACUAAAAAAGUGACCGUAGGCAAAAAGUUGUCUGAACCUGCAGCCUCUAAAGAGGAAGAUGCAUCGCAUACUUCACCAAUAAGUUUGCAAACGAAAGCUGUGGAAGGUUAUAAGUCACCAUCACUGAAGUCACCACGAACUGAGCAUAUUGAUGAUGAGAAGGUAGAAAAAACUCCAGCAAAAAAGGCUCGAAAGAAGUCCACCAGAAAGGAGAAUGGUGAUAAAUCUAAGGCCAACAAUAAGAUAAAGACUAAGCGCGGCAAGACGGGAACAGAGGAUUCAACUAUCGAAACAAGCGAAGCAAAGAAGGGUAACAGCAUACCUAUGGUUCUCACGUCACCUGAAUCUAGCCCCCUUUCUACAUUAAAUAAGCAUGGGAGGCCUCGCAAACGUCCACUUUUACCACAAGACAAAAGACUAAUAUCCAAAAAUGAUAUGAUCAAGAUGGUGAAUACAGAGAUCAAGCGCGGCCGAUCGUCAUCACCAAAAGCUGCAAGAGAGGAUGAAAUAAGUCCUGAUAUUGAUGCUGCAAAUAUAAUAAAGGGUGAACGAAGACGAUCAUCACCAUUCGGGAAAUCAUUCUCGACUUCUUCAAACGUUCCCGAAAGUGCUGUGAUUACGUCUGGUAGUGACUCUUCUUCUGAUUCUGAUGAGGCAUACGAUGAUGUAGAUGCCGAGGAAAGGGAAGAAGCCACUUUUUCCAAACGUCUAAGACUUGUCAUGAACCCGAAGUCUACAGCAAAUACUCUAAAGACGGCCAUCAAGAAGACCUCCAAAAGGAGAAAAAACUCUUCGGCGAAUGAAUCCAAGCAACAUGAAGUGUCUAAAGGCAAGAACCUCUUAAAAACAGUUCACUCCCAGUCACCGCCACAUUUAUUCAAGCCGUCUAAAACAUCUUCAUUGCCGAAAUUGUCAGAGCUUCUGAGUAGAGGACUUCCUGAUAUAAGGAAACCAGGUGUGAGCUCAAAGGAAUCGGCUCCUGAUAUUGUAAAUCUAGAUUCGGAUUCUGACUCAGAUUCUGACCUCGACUCAGAUUCGGAUUCGGAUUCGGACUCAGAUUCAGAUUCAAAUUCAGAUUCAGAUUCGGAUUCGGACGAAAAUACUGAAAAAUUCAACUCGUCAAGCUUUAUUGAUGCUAAGGCUGCUAGUCAAAUAAUUAAGAUGGGAAGGUCUAAAGCCAAGAACAAAAACAAAAAUAAAGGUUUUCUAUCUUUGCUCAAUGAUGCUAGGAAAGCUGGCAACAGGCACUAA